AAAUUUUUUGGUUUAAAAAAAAAUAUAUCAAAAGGAAACACAGAGAAGUUUCAAUUUUCCUCAAAAUUUUUCGUCUCUGAUCGGAACAAAUCCUCAAAUCAAAGCUUCUUUCACGUCAAUGGCUUUAACCCACAACCUGAAACCCCUCAUUUCACUCUCCUCUACCUUGUUCCCUCACUCUUCUUCGUCUCCAUCACCUCCAUUUUUACCGCAGAGAACUCAGAUUCAUUCACUCUCCUUCAUCACAAAAACCCAUAGUAAUCUUCCGCACCCAAUACCCAUCUUAUCAAGAAGACUGUUUCUUCCCUCAGUUUCCGCAAUCUGGGACGCUUUAACGGGCGGCAACAACAAUGACCGCGAAGCCGUGGUAGCAAUUCGACGCGGGAUGUUGUUAUUUAGGCAGGGUGAUGUGUUGGGGUCUUUGUCGGAGUUCGAUAAGGCUAUCGAGAUAGACCCUCGGCAAAAGGCGUAUCUUUGGCAAAGGGGGCUAUCACUCUACUAUCUUGAUAGAUUUGAAGAAGGUGCUGAGCAGUUUAGAAUAGAUGUUGCACAGAACCCAAAUGAUACAGAGGAAUCAAUAUGGUGUUUUCUUUGUGAAGCCCAACUGUAUGGGGUUGAUGAAGCAAGAAACCGGUUUCUCGAGGUUGGCAGAGAUCCCAGACCUGUAAUGAGGGAAGCUUAUAACAUGUUUAAAGAUGGUGGAGAUCCCGAACAGCUUGUUGCAGCAUUUUCCAGCCGCCAGGACGCAGAAUAUUUCUACGCAUCUUUGUAUGCCGGCCUUUAUCACGAAUCUCAGAGCAAACAAGAUUCUGCCAAGUUUCAUAUCCUUGCUGCAUGCCAGUCUCCUUAUGGACAAAGGGCUGAUGAUUAUAUGGCUUCUCUUGCUAAAGUUCACUGUCUUUGUCGAAAUUGGAGCUCCAGUUAAAAUGUGCAGAGAUCAAAAGCUUGUUGAAGCUGGAUAAGUGUUGUUCUUGCUAGAAUCCGGGAUGUUCUUUAAUGGCUGCGGUGCAGUGACAUUGAGGUGAGUGGAUUUCAGCAAUGAAGGGAAACUGCAUGUACUAACCUAACCCAGUGGUAAGUGCAUCUGCAGAGUUGACAUUUUGCUGUCAACUAGGGAAGUUUUUUGUUUUAUCAUAGUUUAUGUUUUAUAUUGUUUGGUUUUUAAGUUGUAGGAAGCUUGUGUUAGUGAAUAAUCUUAUUUUGAUAUGUUUGUCUUUAAGAUAUUGAAUACUGCAUAGAAAAUCUGGAUUUGAGCCUCCAUUUUCCUCUCUUUUUCUCUCGUUUUUUCCCCUGGUUUUUCUAGUUUUUUCACUUGCGUUUCCAACAAGUAGUAUGAGAGCUUCAAGCUCUUUGAAGGACUGAGAAAGAGAAAGUUUUCUGCUGCAAAACUCGCCAAAAUCAUAGCUUGCUGAACAUGGCUUCAGGCAUUCAGGAAAUGUUUCUCCAUCCAUCUUUAAUGCAGAAAUCUAUUAAUUUUAGACUGUUAGAAUGAAGGCUUUUUGAAGGGGAUGGAUGGAUCUACGGGAGGCCGCUGAAGUUGUAGAGAUCCUCCUCCCUUAAGAGCAAACCAACAGUCACUCGAAUGAACCAUCGUGCGGAGGAAAUAGCAAAGAAAUUCAAGGUUCUUUCAUUCAUCAAUUCAGCUGUGUCUAAAACUAUUUUCAUCAGAAUCAUGUCUUAUGAGACCGGAAAGGAAGCUUGGUACAAAAUUUAAGAAGAGUUCCAGGGGAGUGAAAAAGCAAGGUAAAUGCAGGUACUGAAUUUGAGAAGAGAAUUUGAAGCGUUAAGGAUAAAUGAUGACAAAACAGUUAAAGAGUUCACUUACAAAGUAAUGAAGAUUAUGAAUCAAAUAAGGGUGAUGGGGAGGAACUCACAGACAAAAGAGUCUUGAAAAAAUUUUGGUGAGUCUGAGAGAAAAAUUUGAAGCAAAAAUCUCUUCCCUGGAAGAUUCAAAAGACUUCUCCACCACGUCUUUGAUAGAGCUUGUCAAUGCCUUGCAAGCUACUGAACAAAGGAGGUCUUUGAUGUUAAAUGAUGACGUGAAGGAAUUCUUGGCAAAAGGUGAAUUAAAGGCUCAAGUGGCUGAAAAUGUUACCGAACCAGCUCAAGCAAUCAAAUAUGGCUAUUUGAUAGUGGCUGCAGCCACCACAUGACACCAGAAGAAAGUUUCUUUCCUAGGCUGGACAGGUCAUAAAUUUCAAGAGUCAAGAUAGGCAAUGAAGAGUACUUGGAGGUGAAAGGAAAGGGAGAUGUAAACCUCGACAACUCCAUCAGUUACGAAAACUAUUUUUGAUGUGCUACUAGUGCCUAAGCUCGACCAGAACUUGUUGAAUGUUGGCCAAAUGAUUCGGAAAGGAUAUUUCCUUGAUUUUCAAGAAUGAAGCAUGCUCUAUAUUUGGUUGAAUACAAGUUUUUCUUUGCAUUGGAAUCAUGCUUGUGCUAGCGUAGGUUUGGUAGAUGAUGCCGAUGCAUGGCACAAGAGAUUUAGGCCUUGCAUUGUGCAAUCUCUCAAGGAAAGCAUUCUAUAUUUUACAGUAAUUCGAUGACAUUGUAUAUUUAUUACAUAAUAGCAUGCAGUAUUUGAUC